GCGUCUGGCCCCCGAGGUCUCUGGCAGUCGAUCGGCUCGUCCGAUCACCCGCCACGUGUCCUAUCUUCGUCUCCUCCCCUCUGCUCCGUCUCCUUCUCCCUCGGUCUCUCUUUUUCUGAGGAAGCCGACGACGACGGCUCUGACUCUUCGCCAUCUCCCUCUCCUUCUUGCUCCCUUUUUGCCACCCCGUCACCCCUGCCAUCGCCAUGAGCUUCGCCAUCCAGCGAGCUUUCAGUAAUGAGUUGCUGAUGCCACGGGGAGAGAUCUCAGCCAUCCGCCAAAUGCAUCAUCCGCGGAUCAACCCCGACUUCAUGCGCCUUGCGCAGUUUUUCUGCACUGCGGGUGUGUACGACGCGGCAGAGUUCCGGUUCACGAGCAAUCCCCAGGUGGUGGCGUUGGCCGAGGCAACGACGUUCCAACGGCGAGCGGCCCCGGGAAUUAGCCACGUGUCUACCGUGGUAGUCUUCGGCGGCGACAUCACCGCCUUCGAUCCGGCGCGGCAAGCCGCCAUCAAAAGCACCUUCGAGUACCUGGACGUCCACAACCUAACUAAUCCCCACUUCUUUCGGCAACCAACGGCGUUCGAGUGGGCGGCGCUGAGAGCAGAGGAGGAAGCAGAAGAGGAUUCGGAAGGAGAAUUAAGGAGAGAGGUCGGGGAGGCAGCGGCCCGGUUGGCCGAGGACGAGGAAGAAGAACGCGAAGCAGAAGAAGAGUUGGCGGAAGCUGAAGAAGAAGAAGAAGAAGAAGACGCAGAGGAGGAGACUUCGGAAGAAGAGGAGGAAGCCUAUAGUGAGCACAGCGAGGGCGAGCAAAGUGAGGAGGAGGACGAAGACGGCGACGAAGAAGUGGAAAGCGGAGAUGACCAGGAGCCAACGCACGACGACUAGCUCGAGUGGGUGCGAGGACCGGAUCGACGAGAGGAGAACCCUGAGACUGCCGCGCAGCGCAAGAA